ACGGAGGUGGAAGACAUGACGAGCGACAGUGUCUGCGAGGGCACCGGUCCGAAUCUCGCUGCAGCCGAGGGUACCGGCGGUCUGAUAGGACCGGAUAUGUCGCCGAGUGUGAUGGAGUGCGGCGGAUGCGGAGAACGCGUCCGCGAGCGGACCGUUCUAUGCGUCGGCGGUCGAACUUGGCACUCGAGGUGCCUGAGGUGCUGCGCCUGUGCCAGGCCGCUACACGAUCAACACUCCUGCUUCUUGAAGGGCAUGAGACUCUACUGCAGGCACGACUACGCUCUAACCUUCGGCGCAAAGUGUGCGAAAUGCGGACGCAGCGUAGGUGCUGGGGAUUGGGUGAGAAGAGCCAGAGAAAGGGUUUAUCACUUGGCAUGCUUUGCCUGCGAUGCCUGUUCUCGUCAGCUCUCCACAGGCGAGCAGUUCGCCCUCUUGGACGCCAGGUUGCUCUGCAAAGCCCAUUACUUGGAUGUCGUCGAAGGCAACAACACUUCUUCCGAUGAAGGCGGUGACUCCGAGAGCGGCCACAAGAGCGGUAACAAGGCGAAGAGAGUGAGAACCACGUUCACGGAGGAACAGCUUUCUGUUCUUCAAGCGAACUUCCAACUGGACAGCAAUCCGGAUGGCCAAGACCUCGAGAGGAUAGCACAUGUGACCGGACUCAGCAAAAGAGUUACGCAGGUUUGGUUCCAGAAUUCUAGGGCGAGGCAGAAGAAGCAUCUGCACACGGGCAAAAUGAAAGGGCAACAUGUUCAUCAAUCACCACCGAAUUCUACCGCGUCCACGGGCGAUUUCAGUCGACACAUCAAUUUACAUCUGACCUAUUCAUUUCAACAUCAACAGCAACACCAUCACGGCCAGCAACCGCCGCAGCUGAGUCCGGCUACGUGCAAAAGCCCCACGCCCUCGAUUUAUCAUAAUCAUGGCUCGGAACAAUCGAUGGACGAUCUCUCGCAAGACUCGAUGAUGUUGUCGAUGCCGAACGAGGUUUAA